AUGCCAGGUUCCCAACUUAAGAGGUUAAAGGCCUCUCUCAGAGACAAAGGUGUUAUUGGCCCACAGCUGUCUAAAAAGCAGAAGAAGAGAAAUGCGCAGGAUGGAAAGACGAAUAAUAAUCGAAGGUUUCAGAAGGCAGCAGAGUUAGAGGGUAUCCGAGAAGAGUUCAAUCCUUUCGAUUUCAAGCACAAUGUGCGCGGUCCCAAGUUUCAGGUCACCACCAACCGGCCAGCAACUAGCAAUGCUACCAAAGGAAGACCAAGCGAAGCAAAGUCUCUCGGCGAGGAAAGGCGACGCCAAACUCUCCUUGUAGAGCUCAACCGACGCAAUAAAGUAGGCGGCAUACUCGACCGACGAUUCGGAGAGAACGACCCAUUCAUGACACCCGAAGAAAAAAUGCAAGAGAGAUUUGUGAGGGAAAAGCAAACUCACAAGAGCUCCACGUUUGACCUUGAAGACGACGAUUUUGGCGAGGGCUUGACUCAUCUUGGAAAAUCCUUGUCAUUUGAUAAACCGGGCCUGGUCGAUGAUUUUGAAGAAGAUCUUUCAGCUGGAUCUGAUGCGGCCGACUCAGACGACGAGCAUCGCGGCUCGAAGCGCAUGCGGCCUUUGAACGACGAUACCCAAGAUGAUGACCAGGAAGAAGGGCAACCAGAACGGAAAAAGACGAAACAGGAGGUCAUGAAGGAAGUCAUUGCAAAAUCUAAAUUUUAUAAGGCUGAGCGACAAGCAGCCAAAGACGCCGACGAAGAUCUACGGGAAGAACUUGAUAUGGAGCUCCCGGACCUCCACGAUCUUCUAUUUAAUAGAAAGAAGGCGCCUAGCGGUACUGAAAGCAACACGGCCGAAUCCGCUGCUGCUGGCAAGGAAAGGAUGGAACGCGAUUACGAUAUGCGACUCAGGCAAUUAGCACAAGACAGGAGGGCACAACCCACGGAUCGCACCAAGACAGAGGAGGAGAAGGCACAAGAAGAAUCUAAGAGGCUAAAAGAACUCGAGGAUAAACGCCUUAAAAGAAUGCGCGGGGAGGAAGUCAGCGACGAUGAGAUCGAAGAGGAUACUACCGAUAUUCAGCCAGAAGAUCUGCCAGCUAAAGGCCCAGUUUUAUUCACAGAAAAUGAGGAGGACGAUUUCGGGUUGGGAAAAGGAAUCAAGACUCGGCCGACAGCAACGGAACUUGGUUUCGACGAUGAAGACGAUUUUGUUAUUGAAGACAACUUAAUAGCCAGCGAUUCGGAUCUAGAGCCUAUCGAAAGUGGCGCAUCGUCAAAUGAAGAAGAAUCAGACGCCGAAGAUGAUGACGAAUUCACGAAAGGACUAUUAAAUGAAGAAGAAACGCAAAACCCAGUGUUCAGCAAUCGAUUCACGGGUUCUAAUGUAUCAACUGAUACUAAGGAAGAUUCAAACGGACUACCUUACACCUUCCCCUGUCCAGAGACUCUAGAUGAGUUUGUGAAAAUGACGCAAAACAUCCCUAUAGAGCAUCUCCCAGCCGUGGUACAACGAGUUAGGGCGCUAUAUCAUCCGAAACUAGACAGCGACAACAAGGCGAAGCUCGCCAAAUUUGUGGCUAUCCUCAUUCAAUAUUUAGCACAUUCAUCUAAUCUUCCGAAGUUACCUCCCUUCUCGGUACUCGAGAACCUCGUACGACACAUACAUUCCCUUGCGAAAUCUUACCCUGUUGAGACAGCGAACGAGUUUCGUUCGCGACUCGAAGACUUUGGUCAAUCAAGACCACUUUCUCCCAACUUAGGCGAUUUGAUAAUUUUAUCUGCUAUUGGGACCAUAUUUCCAACAUCAGAUCAUUUUCAUCAGGUGACAACUCCGGCAGGGCUUCUCAUUGCGAGAAAUCUUGAGAAGGUUCCGAAGAAGGUCACAGACUACGCCCAAGGAGCUUAUCUGUCGACUUUAGCCCUACAGUACCAACAAGUCUCGAAACGUUAUGUCCCCGAGGCCAUGAAUUUCUGUCUCAACACAUUAUGUGCCCUCGCACCGGAGAAAGCUGCAGAAAUUCCAGGGUAUUUCCCAGUCCACGAGCCUACACCAGGGACUCGCAUCUCCAAUGCCCAGUUACUCGCCAUUCGAAAGCUAAGUCCGGCGGACUGCAUCAAGGAUGAUAUAACUGACGAGGAGGCUGUCUCCACGAAAGUCGCAAUACUAGCUGUUACCGUUCAAUUAGUAGACGCAGCAGCAGAUCUGUAUAGCGGCAAGCCUGCAUUCUUCGAAACAUUCGAGCCGGCUAAGAACGUAUUGAACCAUCUAGUUAGCAAGCCGUGCCAAGCCAGGCUUCCAGCUACACUGGUUGAACGGUUCAACAAACUCCAAUCAAAAUUAGACAAAAUGCUCGGACUCGCCCAGGUAGCUCGGCGGCCCCUCGAGCUCCACCACCACAGGCCACUUCCCAUCAAGUUGGCUAUUCCCAAAUUCGAGGACUCAUUCGAUCCUAACAAACACUACGAUCCCGACCGCGACAGGGCGGAGCUAGCGAAGUUGAAGGCGGAACACAAGAAGGAGCGCAAGGGUGCUAUGCGGGAGCUGAGAAAGGACGCCAAUUUCAUGGCUCGCGAGCAGUUGAGGAUGAAGAGAGCCAAGGAUGCCGCAUACGAGAAGAAGUACAAGAGACUUGUGGCGGAGAUCCAAGGCGAGGAAGGUAGAGAGGCGAAUGCAUACGAGCGCGAGAAAGAGGCUCGAAAGCGGGCGUCGAAGAGAUAG